AUGUCAUCGAGACCCUCCAAUUAUGCAGAGAGGCGCACCAAUAGCACCGCCGAAAGUAAUGGCAAUCAGAGGCCGCGCGCUGCUGCCGCCUCGUCGGCCCAGCCAGCAGCCGAUUCACGAACCGGCCGUUCACCGCAUACGAGCUUCACCAAUACGGCUCACAAGAGAUCCGCGUCUGGCAAUCCACGACCUGGUAGUCGAAUAGUGGACGAGCGAAGGACUGAGCGCAUGACCGUAACAACAAGAGAAAAGCUCAUAACUCGGACAAUGAGUACUGAAAGACGCCCCAAAGAGACAGCCCAGCCAGAGAGGGAGAGAUGGAGGUCGAAGGAGGGCUCUAAACCGCGACAGACUGAGACGAAGCACAGGGAGUCAAGGCCAGAUCCUCCGACGACUUGGGACCCUAUAGCAACCCUCGUGCCGCAUUCCACAGCGCCUCUCGCGAUUCGAAUAUCAGCAGCACCCUUAGCUUCGGAGGCACCAAUAACACAACAGCCCCAGCCCAUUCAUGAGCUAUCUUUGGAGGUGCAAGAAGCGGUUAUGGUAGAGGAUUUGCUCUUCGUUUUCAUGGGUUAUGAGGGGCAAUAUAUUCGCUACUCUUAUGGUUAUAAUCCCUCUGAUGAAAGAGAUCGACUACAAGGACCAACUUUUAAGAUCUUGCCGGGCCUCGAUCCCAGUCUACAAGACCUCGCCUUAUCUAUGCUUCAAAUGGCUACCCACCACUCAGCUCUCGAGAUGUUUGUCAACGUGCAGAGUCGACAAGAAUUUGGUGUCGUUAACCAUGCUCUAUGUGCCGCAAUCCGGAGAUUCUUAAAUGAUUACCUUGUCAUGAUCGCUCAACUCGAGACUCAGUUCUUAACAAAUGAAACCUUUACUUUACACCUACUUCACGUUCAUACUCUUCCUACCAGCCAAAUGAUGUCUCAACUUUAUGCCUUGGCCUCCGACCUCCUUAAAAGAAAUGCACUCUUAGAUGACGAGAGUGAAGAAGAGUCAGAAGGUGCUGAAGACUAUGACAAUAUUAUAGAAAAUCUCAAGCGAGGUGGCGAUCUUGUGCCGGGAAAUAUGACCGGGAAGAAAAUAUGCAAGGGGGGUGUAGUUAUCGACUUGAUAACGAAAAGGCUUGAAUCCAUGUCUGGCGACCCAGCUGCCAGGUCCUUGCUCACUUCCCUCUUGCGAGAUGCAAGUCGGCCGUACAUGGCUAUGCUCAAUGAAUGGCUUCAUCACGGUGAGAUCAAAGAUCCACAUUCUGAGUUCCUGAUCAAGGAGCAGAAGAGUAUGCGACGCGACAUGCUGGAACAAGAUUACACGGAUGAUUAUUGGGAGAGGAGGUACAUGAUACAGAAGCACAAUAUUCCACCCCAACUUGAAGGCGUCAAAGAUAAGGUUCUGCUUGCUGGCAAAUAUCUCAACGUCGUGCGAGAGUGCGGUGGGGUAGAUAUCAGCAAAGUGACUCGAGACCUACCCACCUCAUUUGACGACCCCAGGUUCCUCGACAACGUCAAUAACGCUUACGCCUAUGCAAAUCAGUCGCUCAUGGAGCUCCUAAUAACCACGCAUGCGCUUCCAGCAAGGUUACGUUCUUUAAAACACUACUUUUUCCUAGACCCGUCCGAUUACUUCACGUACUUCAUGGAGUUGAGUGCGUCAGAGCUGCGCAAGCCUCCGAAAUCUGUCAACACUGUCAAGUUGCAGUCGCUUCUGGAUCUCGUUCUUCACCAACCAGGAAGUAUAGUCUAUCUAGAUCCAUUCAAGGAGGAUGUUCACGUUGAAAUGAAUGAAGUCAGUCUUAUCAAAAUGUUGCAGAGGGUUGUAAAUAUUACUGGAAUUGAGCCAGGAGAGUCGUUACAGCCUGCCAGCAACCAGCCCAUUGAAAAUGAUAAGAAUGCGGUGGGAUUUACGUCACUACAGCUAGACUACAAGGUGCCUUUCCCCGUAUCUUUAGUCAUCAGCCGAAAGACUGUCUGGCGAUACCAAGCGCUUUUUCGCCAUCUGCUAUCACUGAAAUAUCUCGAAUCCCAGUUAUCUACAGCAUGGCAAACCCACAACACCGGCAUCGUGUGGAGUCAUAAGUCCUCCUCCAGGAAAUUAGAGGUUUGGAAAAGGCGGGUAUGGACAUUGAGGGCGCGGAUGGUUGUGUUCGUGCAACAAGUGCUGUACUUCUGCACCCUGGAAGUCAUCGAGCCCAAUUGGCAUUCUCUUAUGUCAAGGUUGAAAGCCAAAGAUGGUAGCUCAGAUGGCUCGGGAAAGCCAGACCGAACAGUAGACGAACUCAUGCAAGAUCAUGUGGAUUUCUUGGACACUUGCCUCAAAGGCUGCAUGCUAACGAAUGGCAAGUUAAUAAAGAUCCACUCAAAGCUCAUGCAAACCUGUACCUAUUUUGCACGCUACACCCAUUGGUUGUCUCAGCAAUUAGGGGAAGCUGAUUCGGAUCUUGUUGGCCCCUUCAAGCCGCCUAAUAUGUCAGCCAAACAGUGGGCGCGGUUCCAAGCCGCAAAAGAUCAGAGGUCGGCUAAUGACAGCUCGUUAAAUGGCCAAGUUCAAGAUGAAGAAGGUCGGAUUAGCAAUUUGUUUGAGAUCCUCAAAAAGUGGGAGACCAACUUUAGCCGCCACUUACAGAUCCUAUUGGAUGCCCUGAACCACUAUGCGGCGACCGAGACAGUAGUGCUUCUAAGUCUUUGUGCUAGAUUAGCCACUGCGAACCAGGGAACCGAAUAUGCCGGGCUACGCUCUGAAGAGGACGGCGCUUCCUGA